GUUGUAGUUUUGGUGUAUUCAUUAUGGUGUGGUUAUUGUACUAGUGUUAACCAUUUAUAUCUAUCAUUAAAAAAAUACUUCCGUUUUAACCAAAACAUUAGAUUUACUAGGAUUGAUGGAGAUUUAAAUGAUUUACCUUGGGAAUAUACAGUAGAUAAUUAUCCCAGUAUAAUGUUUUUUCCUGCCAAUAGACAGGCAGACAGUGUUGUUUUUCCACUAUCAGUUCCAAUAACUCUUACAAACUUAAUCAAAUUUAUAUUCCAACAUUCCACAUAUAGAUUACGUACAGAGACAGCAGUCAGUAUUUGUAAC